CUUCCUGCUCACGCAACCCCAUGUGCUCUGCUUCGACACUUUCCUGUGCAAUAUGCGCAAGUAAAAGGUUCGAGCUGACUUCCUGAAACUGCCUACUCAUUUCACAUUCAGUGCCAAAUGUACUCAGAGGAUGCAGCUAUAUAGGCUGAAACCAGAAGUUUUAAUACGCUGUUUAAAAACUCAACUUUUUUCCCGUGUUUUUGACAUAAAGGAAUUUUUUCCCCCUGCUUUUGAUUAGUUAGGAUGACUAAAACUAUCUCUGUUUGCUAAAUGUCAAAAGAACCUGUUCAAGUUGGAAGAGAUUGCUGUGCAUUUAAACAAUCCGGGAAAAUCUUGACCACAGUUUGUAAACUAAAACAAUGAAAGUUAAAAAGAAGCUGAGUUUUCAGCCAGGAAAUGAAAGUUUGGGCACAAAUGGGUCUACUAAUGACAACAACAAUUCUAAUCAUGGCCAUCAAACAGCCCUGAUCAGUUUGAUAAGAAGAUUUGUGGGCAGGCGUGAGCCAAAAAGCUGGCCUAUAAACCUGACUCAGUUACAGCAGUUCUUGAGAAAUGGGGCAAAUUUACACCAAACAUUAGAAACCUAGAACAUUAGACCCAUGUCACAUAGUUUAAAAGGCAAAUCUAAUACAAAUUUCUCUCAUUAUUCUGGCAUUUAGCAAAGAGAAAAUAGCUUUGGUACUUCUGGCCAUCCUAAAACAGAAAAAGUUUAGUCUGGUUCAAUCUUAGACAGUGAGAAAAAUGGGUUAUGUUUCUUUUUAAACAGAGUAAAUAUAUGUCUGGUUUCAACUAUAUGCAAAUGCAAGGACUCCACAGCAGCCUGCAGAGGUGAUGCCAAAUAAUGAGGAUCUCACACGGGUUUAAAAUGUAUCUUCUGUCAUUGAAAGGUAUCAAAACUGUCUCAAAGUGUUUCAAAUUUAAAUAAAAAACUUAUGAUUUUUACUGUUGUUAUUGAUCUGAGACUAAUCCAACCGGUAGAUGAGAAUUUAUCUAAAACAAUGUAAACAAUGAGCAAUGAAAUAGUAAUUCCUGUUUUGUUACUAUUUGCAGCCACAAUAACCAAUCAAUUUUUAAGCCGGAAAAAACCUGUGUGAAGUUUGAAUCAAAAAUCAGUUAAAUGUAAUCAUUUGUAAAAUCCAAAAAACGUCUAAAACUAUAUUUUUAUAGUUGAAUAAAUGUAUAUGUUAUCUAACUGAUUUUGAAACUUAAUGCGGGCAGUGUUCCAGAGACAGGAAAAAUAACUUCACUAUCAACUACAGGAGGCUUUGUGUUUGCUCCAUAUUAUUGGUGGUUUUUUUUGGUCUAGUCAAAGACUAGAUAACAGUCUAGUCUUUGACUAGAGUGUCAAUGGAAAGGAGGCGUUUCUUAAUGUAACACUGUUCGCGUUACAUAAAAUCAGUGUACACAAGUCUUUGACUCAGAGAAAUAAUUUUCCUGGUGUUGACAAUCAGUAUCAGGUUACAGACAAAAGUGUAUUAAAUGGCUAGUGUUCAUGAACAGUGGAGUGAACCGCAGCCUUUUAUCUUGUUGUAGGCUUAAAACUGGUUUGUCAAGCUUCAAAUCAUUUUGUGGAUCCAUAUGUAUUGAAACUCCUGUGUGAUAUACAGUAUAUAUAUAUACAGUAUAUAAACAAUUUCAACCUGUUUCACGCUCAUUUCUUCUCCAAGCAAUUGGAAACAGAUUCACCCUUUACCUACGUGACUGCAACCAAAUUUUCCAUCCAAAGCCACAGAUAUUUGAAUGGUUUGAACGUUUGUUUGCAUGUCUGGCUUGUUGUAGCGACGCAGGAACAAUCCAGGCACUCUCACUGAUGGGAUUUAUUGGAUUGACACAGAAACACUUUGCUUUUCAUAUAAUAAUGCGGAAAUAUAAAGUGAAAAGGGGGUUGAAAUAAAGCGUGUAAGAUAUUCACAGGCUUCGUCAGGUUUGCUUUUGAGAAAAUAUAUUUUCUCAAAUCACUGUAACACAGUGAAGGGAGGGGCUUGAUGACAGGAGCUUAGCUCAGCUUUGAGUAUCACCGGAGAAUCACUUCUCAGUCAGCCAGGUGUAUAUGUAUGCUGCGUAUAAACGGAGCUGCAAGACACUCACUAUGGACAUUAUGGUUGUAUGACAAGUUUAUCUUUUCAGCUGUUUAUCCAAGUAUAAAUAACAAGUCUUUUUCCAGAAAUUUCACUAUCUGUAAGCCAAAGCGUCCACCACAUCUCACACGAUGGAUAAGUUUCGUAUGAUGUUCCAGUUCCUCCAGUCCAACCAGGAGUCUUUCAUGAAUGGGAUUUGUGGCAUCAUGGCAUUAGCAAGUGCCCAGAUGUACUCUGCCUUUGAGUUCAGCUGCCCCUGCAUGCCAGAAUACAACUACACCUACGGUAUUGGGCUUCUCAUCAUCCCUCCCAUAUGGUUCUUUUUGUUGGGCUUUGUCUUGAACAAUAAUGUGUCGGUGCUCGCCGAGGAGUGGAAAAGACCCACAGGGAGCCGGACGAAGGAUCCAACAAUCCUGCGCUACAUGUUUUGUUCAAUCACCCAGAGAUCGUUGAUCGCCCCUGCGUUGUGGGUGUCGGUCACCCUCAUGGACGGGAAGAGCUUCCUCUGCGCUUUCAGCAUCAACUUGGAUAUUGAAAAGUUCGGGAAUUCCAGCUUUGUUAAAGGGAUGUCGGAGACAGAGAAGAUUCGACUGCUGGCCAGGAUCCCCUGCAAAGACCUGUUUGAGCAUCAGGAAAUAAGAGUGGCAGCAACACGGUACAUCAAGUGUAUAUCACAGGCAUGUGGAUGGAUUUUUCUCCUCAUGAUGACCUUCACCGCCUUCCUCAUCCGGGCCAUCAGGCCGUGCUUCACCCAAGCCGCUUUCCUCAAAACCAAAUACUGGUCCCAUUACAUCGACAUUGAGCGCAAGAUGUUCGAUGAGACCUGCAAGGAGCAUGCGAAGAGCUUCGCCAAAGUGUGCAUCCACCAGUACUUUGAGAACAUCAGCGGGGAGAUGCAGAGCCUCCACCGCCACCGCUCCGGGAAGGACGAGAACGGCGACGAAGACGAGGACAAGAGAAGUGACGAAGACAAGCUGCUGGGCAUCAGGGCCCAGGACGACAUGAACAAGCUCUUGUGGAACUGGCACACGUGUAAGCCGGCGCUGGCUCUGAGGAAGGACCAGAUGGACGGUGAAAACAAUAGCAAGCUGAACGGGAAGAUAAACGAGGGAUUUAAUGGGUUCGCAAACGGACACGCCCACGAGACCAAAAAAAAGGAAUGGGCCGUGUAUUACAGUAAGGUUUGAAGAAAACUGAGAUAAAACGCUUACAAAUUAGCUCUCAGUCAGUCACUGUGUUCCAGAGAUGUAGCCUUUAUUUUGUUUCCUCGUUUUAGAAGUUAAAGGAAAAAGACUUACGUUACGCUGACAAAGUCUGCAAUCAUUGCCCAUCUCUUCAUAUUUUGCUUCCAUUCAGUUAGACUGUUUUUUCCUCUUUUAAAGUUACAUUGGCCAAUAUUUCUUACAGAUUUCCAAAGGCUUUUCAGAGCUUUUCUUUCUAACUUUACUGUUUCCUCCAUCAUUUAAUUUCAGGAUCUGAUCCUUUCUGACCUAUGAAUUAUGUAAGACAUCUAAAUGACAAAGAACAGGAAACUUAACACACAAUCAGUUUUAAAUUGGCUCUGAGUCACUUAAAAUGGCAUUUUAGUAUUAGCAAAGGGAUUUCUGAGAUCAACUCUUUGUGUUCAAGGACUGAACCGAAAGGCAGGAACCAAAAAGGAAAUUCUCAGAGUGGCCUUUAGAAACCCUAAGGAACGAUUUGAUCAACAUUGAGAAAAUAACUUGUUCUUUUAUCAAUUGUUGUAAAUAAUAACCUGUUCCUUCAGGACAGGUAGCUCCUGCUAAUUUUAAACACUAAAUAUCCAUCCAUCCAUUUUCUGUACACCCUUGUCCCUUAGUGGGGUCGAGAGGUGCUGGUGCCUAUCUCCAGCUAAUGUUCCGGGCG